CGGGGAGAGCGGCGGGGCCUUGAGCGUGACUCGCCGGCUCCGCGCUGCUUCCCCGGCGCUGCCUGCCCGGGCCACCCGAGCAGCCAUGUCCGAGGAGAAGCCCAAGGAGGGCGUGAAGACGGAGAACGACCACAUCAACCUGAAGGUGGCCGGGCAGGACGGCUCCGUGGUGCAGUUCAAAAUCAAGAGGCACACGCCGCUGAGCAAGCUGAUGAAGGCCUACUGCGAGAGGCAGGGCUUGUCAAUGAGACAGAUUAGAUUCAGGUUUGACGGGCAGCCAAUUAAUGAAACCGACACUCCAGCACAGCUGGAGAUGGAGGACGAGGACACCAUCGAUGAGUUCUAGCAGCAGACAGGAGGUGCGCCGGAGAGCAGCCUGGCGGGGCAUGGUUUCUAGAGGGCCGUCCCCAGCCUGGGCCGUCCGUCCUUGCAUUGCUGUUGAAUGGUGACCAUGCCGACCACAAAGUCGUCUGUGGAAACUCGAGGACAUUCACCACAGUUAUUUUCCUCUCCUUGAUGUACUUCAAGUGCAACUCAAAACUCUAUCUGCAGGGAUGAAUCUGUAACUUAAAUUGGGCCAAUCAGAAUUGUUAUCUUUGUUCCGGUAAAAUGAGCUGCAAGGUAUUUUGGGUUUGUUUUUGUUUUCAUUUUUGUUUUCCCCCUCCUGUAACAUUUGUUUAACCCCAAAAUUGUAGCCUGAAUGUUCACUUUUAGUCUGGCUAGGGAUCUGACUCCUGAAUUGGUUGCCUCUCCUCUGCUCACUCCAGUCACAUAGAGAAUUGGUGUUUCCUGCAGUGGGGGUACGGCUGUUGGACAGGUGUUGGGGGAAAGGUGGGUAGGGAAGACAGACUGUCAUUUGCGGUUAUAGGCACAGGUGAUUAAAAUGCGAAAUAUUGCAAAUUUAAGCUUUGUCAGUAUAUGGUAAAGUUUACAGGAGAAUACUGGAAUGUUUUUUCAAAGGGUAAAAAAUAACUGAGUCCUUUCGUAAUUUGGCCCCAUGGGCUCUCUGGCCCUUGAGCAUGUGACCUUGGGGUCUGAGGCCCAGGACCCACCUCCCUACCACCCUCCCACCCCACUCCCCGCUCAGUAUCUGGCAUUGGCACACAGGCAAGGAUUGGCACAACCAAAAUUGGCUUUUUCUUCUUCUCAAUGUUGAAGAAAUUCCCACAUUUCUCAUUUGGUAUUGGUGUUGUGGCCUCAGGUUUCUUCUAGUAUUGGCUUCUGAUGAAUAAUUAUGGUCUAUACAU